AUGACUUUAGAGGAUCCAUUUUACGUUGUCAAAGAUGAGGUGUUCAAAGCGUUGAACAAAACUCGUGGCCUAUACCUCCGCUGGCAGGAGAUAUCCAAGAGUCCAACAAUCCCUAACAGUCCUGAAGUAGAAUGGACUUCCACCGAGCUGAGGAAUGCGCUCCGUAGCAUUGAGUGGGAUUUAGAAGACCUAGAAGACACUAUCAGUAUAGUAGAGAAAAAUUCAUCGAAAUUCAAAAUUGACAAUAAAGAAAUAAGUGACCGAAGAAGUUUUAUAGAAGCCACAAAGCAAGAAGUCAAGCUUAUGAAAGGCAAGAUGAGUUUGAACAGGAAUCGCGACAACGAUGGGACAGCCCGGGAACCCCUCCUUGGUGAAGAGAGCCCAAUGCACUUUGGGAAUUACUGGACAUCAACGCCUAAAUAUUCCAAAUAUUCUAAACUCGCCAAUCAGACAGACAGCCCCAAUAGAUUCGAUUAUGAUAGCGACAUCAUGUCGAUGCAAGAGAAAAUGAUGAACUCCCAGAAUGAUCAGCUUCAAGUGAUAAGCAACUCUGUGGGUUCCCUGAAGACAGUUUCCAAGCAGAUUGGCAUUGAGUUGGAUGAGCAAUCUGUGAUGUUGGAUGACCUAAACACUGAACUUGAAAAUGCAGACUCUAAACUGGAUUCGACGAUCAAAAAAGUUGCCAAGGUCUUACAUAUGAAUAAUGAUCGACGUCAGUGGGUGGCAAUUGGCGUUCUAGUGGGCCUUCUAGUUGUUAUUUUAAUAUUAUUCGUUAUAAUUUGAACAUUUACUAGUAUAAGUAAGCCUGGAACGUAGCAAGUGUUUAUUCUUGUAAAAAUAAUUUUUAAUAGCUUCAUAUGUCAUCUGACAAUUAUAUAUUUUUUAUCGACACUCUUAUACAUUAAUUCUAAACCGAUUCUAUAAGAAUAGAAGAAAUAAUCUGAAUUUACACUUGAAGUAGAUUGUUGUCGCAUUACUUCAGUUUGGACAUGGGUGGAUCAACUCUGCGAAAGUUAUAAUAUCAAUGUUAGAUAUUCUUUUAGCUUCGUGAUUUGAUGAUGAGAUUUUAUAGAGUUCAUCAAUUGUCGUGCCCCACCAAUAUAUUUAGCGACAAUUUGAGAACAAUUAAUAAAAUUGGUAAUAACAUUUCAUCAGAAGUGUGAUGCGUCGAUCAAGAACAGGUGCUUUCCUAAUUUUGAAUACCUGUUCAAAACUAAAUAUAAUGUCAUAAUUGUUAUGUACUACUUACCCAUAGUAUGCAAGUACCUUCCAUACUUGCAAUUACCUCCUUAAUUUGAAACUUUUAGUAGCUAUUUCUAUGCAAGAUGUCAAUUUGACAUAAAAUAGACAAUAGUUUCCAAGUUGCUAAAUAAUAAUAAAACAAUACAAUAGAAUUAAAAAAUUGAGGAGGCAAAUUUAGAAUGGAAAUGUAUUGGCAAACGUAAAUAUAUAUUUUAUCUACGCAUUUAAAACUAUUUUCGGAUUGUUUACUAGAUAUCUUACGCUUGUCUACAAAAUAAUAAUUAUUAACCGACUCAACGCUGAGUUUCUUUGCAUUAUUGAACAAAGUGAUAGGAAAUCGACUAUACACUACGCUGUCAACUCGCAAAAAUUCGUACAAAAAAGGGUACGUAGAAAGUCAAAACUGAAAAGUCGGCCCAGCAUGAACGUUGAUUUAAAAGAUUUCCUUGAAAGAAGGGCUGCUUUGUAAAUUCCUAAUUUAAAAUAGCCUAAUUGCAAAUCUAAGAAAAUGCGUGCGCCUACUUAACUAUACCAUUAUAAAUUUGCGGCCUAGAAUUAAAUAAUUAUCCACAUUAAUAUACCAUUACAAAUAGUAUAGCUAGAUAUAAUUAUGCUUUAUAUAAUGCGGUCAUAGAAUGUAACUAUUGACCAAUAGAUAAUGUUAGUAAAUUAUUUCUCGUAUAUUUAAAUGUUGGAUGUUUUUUCACACAAACGUUGGACGUUGUCAUGUAUUAGCAAUGCUAGAACAGAAUAUUAAUUAGUCAUAGUACCAGACAUGAUCAAUCCUAUUUAAAUUUUCUCAUACGUAUGCAAUAAUCCAGUAAAAAGAAUAAGGUAUAUAAAUUUAGAUACCGCAUAGUAUGUUUUCACUGUCCUACGCCGCUAAACACGCCGUAUAAUGAUUAUGAUUUAACAACUUUCCCCAAUAAAAUAAACACCCAUUUUGUGUGGAAUACUAAAAGCCCCGUAAGAAUACCUUCUGAAACCAUGGCGUAUACUAUCGAUGGACCCGAUACUAAUGUAAAGGAAUGUGGAAAAGCAUCAAAUAAAGAUUCAUGAUUUCCGCAUUCGACAGAGUUAACUGGUAAUAUCAAUAAAACUAAGAACCUACCUAUAUAUUAACUUCCAAUAUAAUUUUUUUUUAUCAAAUUAAGGACGUUCUGGUAAAGGGUCAGGUCAAAAGUACCAGAAACCCCCGAGCUUGCAUGAAGAGAGUUAUGAAUGUGGAUGAAGCGAAGGAAGUAUGCAGAGAUCGUGGCAAGUGGAAAGAGGUAGUCUCUGCCUACCCCUCCGGGAAAGAGGCGUGAUUUUAUGUAUGAAAAAAAAUUAUACAUAUAUACAGUAUGUAUAAUUUUUUUUCUGGACUUUUAUUUUAUCAACUUAUUUAGUUGACUUUUCAGACAAAUUGGAAAAAUAAAUGUAGGAAUGCGGGCUUCAGGCCUCUUAGCACUAUACUGAUGGGUGCAAAUGGGUAUAUGCAAAGAUGAAAGAGGUAUGUCUCAAGUCCCAGCCAUGGUUAUCGUUAUAGAGAUAUCAAGAUAAUCAUCUUAUCCUAUGACUAUGACUGACUAAUUUACUUGCACCAUACACGCUUCACUACGGGCUUUGAAGCAAAUACCUUAAUACACAAUUACACAUAAUGUGUGGCUUUUAUUUAAAAUUUAAACCUAAGAAUCAUCCUUGUGAUUUGACAUUUAGCCAAUUUUGUAUAUAGUUGCACAAGCUUAAGUUAAAUGAAUUGUAAAAUGUGUAGACUUCUUUUUAUUUUUAGACCAUGUUUAUGUUUUAUUUAGCAGGGCUUUGUAGGAAAUAAUUUUUAUCUUUUUUUAAAUUAUUAUGUUUGUUUGAGUAAAGUUAUGAGUAGCGUUGAGUUAUAGCUAAUAAAAUAUUUUUAUCAAUUCAUACUAUUUAAACGUAAGCCCUAUUCAACUUGAUCUCGUUCAAAUUAAUAUAAUAUGUUAUAUUUAAUUCAUUAGCGAAUGUGACGAAAAUUGUAUUAUGAAUUGAGUUGUUAUAUUAUUUACGUAGGCUUAGCAAUGUAUUUUUGUAUUGAUCAUGUAAUGUACCGGCUGUGAAAGUGUUUGUAUCAAAACGAGCAUCACAUACUUUUUUAUAUGACGGGGUUAUGUAAUAUCUUUCCAUCAUCAUGCGCCGCUUUGAAAUUGGCUGACUUAAGUGGAUCAGUAAAAUCUGAAUAAUGAGGCAAAUAAGAUUUCGGUAAAUGAAAACUAAUUAUUAACCAGAGACAAUCAACGACCUUAACAAACAUGUCAAGUACCAUCUUAGACCUUAUAAGACUACGUUGUUAUUUUAAUAUUAUUCGUUCAGACAUGAAAUUAUAUUCAGCGCAUAGAAAAUGCCUGCCUAUCUCCAGAAACUUAAUAACAAUGCCAGCGACGUGCGCUUUUUAUACCGUAAAUUUCAAUGUUCCUAAAUCUAGGGCGUAUUAAAACCUAUGUUAAUUCAAAAUUAAAGAAAAUUGUAUGCAAUUGAGGGAUAAAUAGAUUAAAAAUUAGUUUUCCAUGUAAUUGAACCUGUCUUAUUGUUUUUUUAUUUGUGCUAAAGAUUCAUACAAGUUAGCCCAUUGUAAAGCGUUGUAAUCAGGCGGUGAUGAAAAUUCGUAUCAUUAGGCCUAAAUAAAUUAGGCUAGAUUAAUGGGGAAUUUUGUAUAUUUUAUUAGUCCCAUUUGUUUUAAGAUUAAUAUAUUUUAUAUAAUGUAAACUAAUGUGUUAUUCCGAUUAUGUUAUAAAGUAUUUAUUUUGUGAGCUUGAGCCCUGUUUCCAAAUGACAAACAGUUUUAUAGAGGCAAUGUGUUUUAAGUUUUUUCGAGAUUGCUCUGUCGUGAUUAUAUGUAUGUAAUAUUAUAUUAUGUUGUUGGUUAAUUGUAACCUACAUUAGUUUCUUAGCUUUUACAUCUCUCAAUACAGAAUAACAAGUGUUGUUUGAAAUAAAACUGCUUUCGUUUGGGAAUAAGGCCCAAGUAAUAUUUCAUACGAAAAUAACCUGUCAAAAUCAUAUUUCGUAAUAUAUUUUUUUGACAACGGGUUCAGCUGUCCUUCCAAGUCUCUGUGUCAAUGUCCUGAAAAUUAAACUAUUUAUUUUAUAAAA